AUGGCGUUUCUGAUCAUAAUACUGUUCCUGCUAACGGUUCCUCCGUCAUCAUCAGCAUUAAUGCCGACAAAGCAACAGCCUGAUGAUCACCUUGAUCUAACCAAAGGAAAAUGGAAGCUUUUGAAGAGAAGCAUUGGUGUUUCCGCCAUGCAUAUGGCCCUGCUACCCAAUGAUCGGAUCAUCACCUUCGAUCGUACUGAUUUUGGUCCUUCAAACAUCACAUUUUCGUUUGAAAAAUGUCCACUGGAAUCAGAUUGUUAUGCUCAUUCGGUUGAAUUCUAUCCUUCCAAACGUGAGGUUCGUCCUCUCACCAUUUUAUCCGAUACCUGGUGUUCUUCCGGUGCGUUGUUACCCGACGGUGUCUUGAUUCAGUCCGGUGGGAAUAAUGAUGGCGAAAGGGUUGUUCGAACGUUUAAUCCUUGUGACGAUUGUGAUUGGGUGGAGAAUCGAAACGGUCUGGUUUCGCCGAGAUGGUACGCUUCCAACCAGUUGUUGCCGGACGGAAAAGUCAUCGUGGUCGGAGGUAGACGGCAGUUUACGUAUGAAUUCAUCCCCAAAAGUUCGACUUCCGGUCGGCAAUUCAAAGAAUACCAACUACCAUUUCUUAAAGAAACGUUAAGAACCGACCCGUUUCCCAACAAUCUCUACCCGUUUCUCCAUCUGAACACCGACGGAAACCUCUUCGUUUUUGCAAAUGAUCGUGCGAUAUUACUAGAUUACAUGCAUAACAAGGUGGUACGGCGUUUUCCGGUGAUUCCCGGCGGAGUAUCCCGUAAUUAUCCAAGCACUGGUUCGUCGGUUUUGCUUCCGAUGAAUCUUUCCGGCACGACGAAAACCGUAUCUCCGGUGGCGGAGGUUUUUAUCUGCGGCGGAACUGUACCGGAGGCCAUCGAUAAAGCUUUAGCUGACAUAUUUGUAGUGGGGACGAAGUCAUGUGGACGGUUGAGAUUAAAUGAUGAAAAUCCAAAAUGGGAAAUGACAGAGAUGCCCCUGGCACGAUUAAUGGGGGACAUGCUCUUGUUACCCACAGGUGAUGUUUUGAUAAUAAACGGCGCAACACGUGGGGCAGCCGGAUGGAACUUGGCGAGAGAACCGGUACUGAACCCGGUUCUUUAUAAACCCGGUUCGAAAACAUUCCACACCAUGAACCCGACGACGAUUCCCCGGAUGUAUCAUUCCAGUGCUCAUUUGCUCUCCGACGGCCGUGUUAUCGUCGGCGGUAGCAACCCCAACUCUAACUACAAUUUCUCGGCGCUUUUCCCGACGGAGCUUAGCGUCGAAGCCUUCUCGCCGCCGUAUUUAUUCGGCCCUAAACCGAGACCGAACAUCACUGCAAUCAAACCGGGGGUGAAUUUGGUUCACGAACAGAGAAUCGAGGUUAAUUUCCGGUGGAAGAACCACGGCCGGAAACUGGAACCGGGGAAGGUUUACGUGACGAUGGUGGCACCUUCGUUUACGACUCAUUCUUUUUCAAUGAACCAAAGGGUGUUACUGGUGGAGAUGGCGGAGAUACGGCAGAGAUCGGCGGAGAAUUAUGUGGCGGUAUGUUUAGCUCCGGCGACGGUUGAGGUGGCGCUACCGGGGUAUUACCAGUUGUCAGUUGUAUAUGACGGUAUUCCGAGCAGAAGUAAUUGGGUACGUCUUGGUAAUUAAUUAAGUUUAAGGUUGUAUUGUGGUUUUGAUGAAUUGCAUGCAUGGU